UUUAUACGUUCCUUGAUGAAAACUGUUGCCAUGUCGUCUGUAGUGCAUACAGUUGUUAGAUUGCUGAAGUUUGCAAGGAAUAUAUUCAUUGUCGUUUUAACUCCGAUCGUUUUAUUGCCGCUUAUACUUGUUGUGGACGGAAACGAGGCAAAAUGUGCAUAUGUCAUUAUCAUCAUGGCGGUAUUUUGGAUAACAGAGGCCCUGCCAAUAGCCGUGACGUCAUUACUACCCCUAAUACUAUUUCCUAUGGUUGGACUUAUGUAUGCUAAAGAUGUAUCAAGCGCAUACCUCAACGAUACGUCCACUCUCUUCAUUGGAGGUCUAAUUGUGGCAACCGCUAUUGAACACUGGGACAUCCAUAAACGUCUUGCCCUUCGAGUUCUCAUGCUUGUAGGUUCUGAACCAAGAUGGUUGAUGUUUGGGAUGAUGUUACCUACGUGGUUCCUGUCUAUGUGGAUGAGCAACACAGCGACCACAGCCAUGAUGAUUCCUAUAGCUAACGCAGUCCUUCUACAAAUCAAAGAAACGCGGGAGGCAGAGAAAAGGGUGGAUUUAACAGUUUUUUUUUACAUGUACAACUCAGUUUGUGAUCAGAUGGAUGGUGAUACUGAACUGAAAGUUGUCGUAAAGAAUGGCAAAAAAGAUAGCUCCAACCUUUCUACAAACGUGAUUGACGACCCAAGAAAAGAAUCAAAAGAACAAAGUGACAGAGAAAAGAACGAAGAAGCUGAUUACUCACGUAUGUGUAAGGCGUUGUCGUUAGGAAUAGCUUAUUCUGCAAACUGUGGGGGCAUGGCUACCCCUACCGGGACAGGUCCAAGCGUCGUUAUGAAAGGAGCCUCAGAUAUUGCUUUUGAAGAGAAAAAUGCUACAUCCCCUGUUUCCUUUGCAACAUGGAUGCAAUACUGUUUACCAAUAUCAGCAAUCCUUUUGAUCCUUGUCUGGGUGUUUCUACAGAUUAUAUUCCUACGCUGCAAAACGUAUAAUAGAAAAUCCCCGGGACAGAUUGCGAAAGUGAAGGAGGUUAUAAGAAGACAGUAUGAAGAACUAGGGCCAUUAACCUUCGGGCAGGGAGCAGUAAUUGUACACUUUGUUUUGCUGGUACUAUUGUGGGUCACCAGAAAAUUAGGUGGAGUUCGAGGAUGGGGAGAUUUAUUUCCAGAAAAAACAGUGACUGAUUCCACACCAGCCAUAUUUAUUGCUAUCAGUCUCUUCUUAUUUCCCUCCGUUUUGCCACAUAAAUUUAAAGACAAAGGAAAGCCACUGCCACCCCUUCUUCCGUGGAAAGCUGCCGAGAAGAAUGUACCUUGGGGAGUAGUUUUAUUGCUUGGAGGAGGGUUCGCUAUCGCUAAAGGUAGCAAGGUGUCUGGAUUAUCAAAACUGAUUGGAGAACAAUUAACUGUGUUUGAGGACUUUGAACCCUGGGUGAUGAAUCUUGUUCUGUGCUUUAUGGUAGCCGCUGCAACAGAAGUAACAAGUAACAUUGCUAUAUGUACACUGAUGAUGCCAAUAAUGAAAGAAUUGUCAAUAACUCUUCAAGUCAACCCACUGUACUUUAUGUUCCCCACGGCCAUCGCUACAUCCUUUGCCUUCAUGCUUCCUGUCGCUACUCCACCUAAUGCAGUUGUGUUUUCAUAUGGUUUUAUCAGAGUAUUGGACAUGGUUGUAGCUGGAUUUCCACUGAAUAUAAUAGCUGUUUUGGUAUUAGUCAUCGGGACAGAAACGUGGGGAGAAGCCAUCUUUGGUUUCCAUACGCUUCCUGGUGCUUUUAAGUUAGGAAAUGAUACAACAGUAUUAACGAAUGUAACAACUGUGUCCGUAAACUCAAUGUCAACAGAAGGGCCAACCUUCUGAAAAUACAUAUGUAUAUAAAUUCAUACAUUGCCUAUAAUGUAUCUACAACCUUUGCUGGAUGGCUAUUCUUUUUUAGCACAAUUUUUUUUAUGGCUUCAUUACUUUUAGAAUUUUUUGAAUUGUUAAUUUUUUAACCCUGCGUCUUAGACGUAAGUGCGGCAAUGGCUAAUUCUUCCAUUUUAAUGUUAACCUAUAUUUAUGGAUUAUUUAU